AAACAGAUGGCAGUCUCUCAGAUUUCCUGAAAAAGCCACAUGUGCCUUCAAAACACACCGUGAAAUUUCCAAAAAUCCAAAUAUAAACCAACAUGAAUAAAAUAUCAACACCGGUUUAGUCAGUUGCAUGAUUCCGUUAAUCAAUCCAUUAAUUAAUAAUUAAAUGAAGAUACACCGUGAAUUUCUCUUGUAAAAUUGAUGAUGAAGAAUUCCAAGGACAUGAUCCCCUCGCAGCCACCGAGGACAGCCCUGGAGAUCCUGGGGGAUUAUCCCGACGUCCUGAAACAUCAUCGAGAGGCGAUAAACGUCGACGAGCUGAUGCUCAUAGUGAGAAAAUCCCUGAACAGUCACAACCUGAAGAAAUCUAGUUUAUGCGAUGACGAGGGUCCUCUGAAGGCUGGUCGUGGUAGGCUGUCGAUGUCCUUGAUCAAGGCUUCAGAAAAACGAAAGAGGACGGACGACGAUGACGAGGGUGAGGUUGAAAUGUUGAGGAAGAUUGGAGUUCCCAAGAAGAGAAGGAGUUUUGGUUUUCCUGGGUCGAAAUUCGUGGAUCCUGCAGAAUACUUUUCAGAUGAGAGACCUGGGGUUAUUGAGGACCCUACAGGGGUCCCUGAUCCAGUAUCACCUCCAAGGAAUUCUUCUGACGGGGAGAAGCUCAUAGUCACUCCGGCAAAGGCUCGAAGGUUCUCUAUAUCCUCAGAGAUAGAAUUCGAUCGUGUGUACGAGUCCAUUCAAACUCAAGGUAACAUCAGCCUCCAAGGUGUCCAGAUGUUCGACAAUUUCGAUGUGAUAAACGAUAUUCUGGAUGACAAGGUGAUGGCAAGUUUGCUGGAGGACAUGAGGCCUCAGAAGGAGUUCCAGAGCCUUGGGAGGGAAGAAAUAAAUGGAGAGCACGUCGAUGGUGUCAAGGAUAGAGAAGACUACAAGUCCGGGGAGGAUAAGAAUGAAGAUUCCCUCGAGGGAAAAUCCCCUCGAAGAAGAUCUUCUCGCCUGAAGACCUCUGAUAUCCAGGAGUUCCUGAAUAUCGACGACACACAGGUGCAGGUCCUCCUAGAUGAUUCAAAGGACGAAACCCUGUCUCCAGAUGUAAUCCACAAACUCAGAACUAUAACUGUGAAAUUAGAGGAACCAGUUCUGCCCCAGCAUACGGUCGAGAAGGGGACGAUACGCAGGUGUCCCAAUGCCAAAGAGAAAUUACAGUUCAAGGUCUACUCGAACCUGAAGGAGGGGAGAUUUUCUCUCGAGGAGAACAACAUCCUCAAGAAUAAUUGGAAACGCUUCUGUGAGGUCCAUAAACUGGACAUUCCUCAGACGCAUUUCUUCAAGUGCAAGUACCAGGGGAGAAUGUACAUCGAGGAUCCACAGGAGAGAAGAAAAUUCGUGCAGUUCCUGGCCCAGGGACUGCCCUCCAGGACCCUGAGAUCAGUCUACGUCAGGUUCAAGGUGAUUUUCGGUGCUGAGAAGGAGAUGAAGAGCAAGAGCUACACUGAGGAGGACGACGAGAAGAUCAUGAAGUACAUGCAGAGUGAUUUGCCCCUGAGGAAGUCUCAGGUGCUGUCGAAACUCCUGAACAGGCCCUACAAGUCCAUUUACCAGAGGUAUUUACAGCUGAUGAAAAGGGGAAGUAGAAAAACAGUAUUCUGGAGUCUCGACCUCAUGGAGGUGUUUCUCAAGAAUCUCAUCGACGUCACCAUCUCUGAGGACGUCUGGGAGCUCAAGGACGCGAUAAUUCCCAAGGCAAUAUGGGUCAAACUGGAGGAAAUCAUGAAGAUUGAUUUCAAUGCUCUCAAAAAUUUUUGGUACAUGCAACUCCAUCCGCAGCUGUUCUUCCCGAGGAGAAUUUACUUCAAUGAGCUUAAGAUCAUGCUCAUUGAGUUUCUUUAUGUCAGGGGUGUUACUCAUAUCACUGAGAUCGAUUGGGGAAGAGUUAGCAAUUGUUUUGAUGGAUUGACUAAACAAUUCCUUGUUAAUUUGUGUCCCAGGGUCACCAAGACAGGGAGAGCUGCGUCCUUGGGAGAUCUUAUAGAGAAACUUUAUGAGGAGAAGAUUCAGGUGUUGAAGGGGGUGAACGAGGAUUUCUGUUUGCCUAGGGUCAGGUGGCAUGGUGGGAAGUUAGAAGUUGUAGAUAAUUUUUAAUUGUGGGGAUUUAUCGCACUUUCUUAUUCAAAUGGAUGGUUUUUUUUUUUUAAUGUAUUGCAUGAAUAAUAUUCAAACUGAAAUGUUAGAUAAAAUAGAUUAAUU